AAAUCAGCCCGAGCGAGUCCUGAUCUGUGUUUUUCAAGCCUCCUGAUCAGGAUCUGAUCAGAGAAGACUGCAGCAUCAUGGGAGCCUCCAGUCCCAAGGUGUGGAACCUCCUUGUGUUCCUGCUGUGUGUGGUCUCUUCUCUCUGCCAGGACGAGUACUCGGGAUACCCGUCAGCUGAGAACAUCUAUGAAGAAUCUCCUGCCGUCGACCACUACAGCCAGUCACCAGAGGAGGACUACGACCGCACCAGAGUCACCAUGAUCACAGAGGAGGUCUUUCCAAUCGCCUCCACCACCGAGUCCCACUACGCCAAGGAGGACACUGAGACCAUGCAGGUAGGGAGCUCGGUCCAGGUUCUUAGCAGAGACAACAAGAGGGUUUACGGAAAAACAAUUGAGAUGCGUUUAAUAAAAAGCAUACAUCUGAUACAACAGCAUUUACUCCAUCACCAAAUACCCUCGCUGAACGUUAUUGUCCUUGUUCAGGUGCCGUACCGUCCUGCAGGCCCGGACACCGACUCCUUAGAGGAGUCUGGAGGCGAUGCUGCGCUCGGGGAGGAGGGCCCCACAGAGUGUGACUGUGAACCUGGGGGGCCCGGAUUUGCUGGUUUUGCGGGACCAAAGGGAUCAAGAGGUGUUCAAGGGCAAACUGGUCGGCCUGGAAUUCAAGGCAGAGAGGGUUAUAAGGGAACCAAAGGGGUCAUGGGAAAAAGAGGAGACACUGGACCAGUGGGGGAUGCUGGACCUGAAGGAGAAGAAGGAGCUUCUGGUUUCUCUGGAGGGAUGGGAGAACCUGGACUGCAGGGCGACCCAGGCGAGAGUGGAGAGCUCGGUCUGAAGGGCGACAUCGGCAUACAGGGACCCCGCGGCGGAGUCGGCGCUCCUGGUGAGACUGGUUCCAUUGGUGAUCCAGGACCUGCAGGACCCAGGGGAGGUAAAGGUAUCAAGGGGUCUCGUGGUGAACAAGGUAAACAGGGUCUUCAGGGAAAAGAUGGACUGAAGGGUCAGAUAGGAGCACCAGGCUUUCCAGGAGACAAUGGAGAAAGAGGAUACUCUGGUUAUCCAGGACAGCCAGGGGGGAUUGGACCAAGUGGACCCAAGGGUUCCAAAGGUCAUGGUGGUCUUCCAGGCAGCGACGGGGAACCUGGAGAAGAUGGGCCAACAGGAGUCACAGGGUUCAUGGGGGAGCCCGGUCCAUUUGGUGUCAAGGGCAGUAAAGGCGAUCCUGGCACCAAAGGGCCUCGUGGUCGAGUGGGUAGAGUGGGACCUCAAGGAGAGCCUGGAGAUGCUGGGGUGCCAGGAAAACAGGGAGUAAAGGGUCUUCAGGGCCAGACGGGUGCACAAGGUGAGACAGGGCCUGAUGGAGAAAAGGGUGCGGCAGGAAAGAAGGGCAUUAAAGGGGAAAAGGGAGAGAAGAACAGUCCAGGUGAUCGUGGAGACAAAGGACAGCGAGGUCCAAAAGGAGUGCUCGGACGUACUGGCGUCCCAGGCCCGGUUGGUCCACCUGGAGUUCCGGGGUCCAGAGGAGAGCAAGGUCCAAUCGGCGAUCCAGGUGUUACAGGCCGAGUUGGACCAAAAGGAGCUCCAGGACCAGUCGGUCCCGGUCUGACCGAUGAGCAGGUUCUGCAGCUCUGCAGAGGAGUGGUUACAGCCCAGAUCUCCCAGUAUGCCCAGUCAAUCCGAGCCAAAUGCUCUCAGGGCUGUCCCAUCAACAACAGAACUCUAAUUGGGCCGCCAGGAGCCCAGGGACCUCUUGGAGCCCCAGGAAAAGCUGGAAAAGCAGGAAAAGCAGGAGCAAAGGGAAGCAGGGGCAUUCAGGGUGAGAGAGGGCUGGAAGGACAGGCGGGGGCUCAAGGUGCAAGAGGUCCAAAGGGACCCAAAGGCAAUGCAGGAGAUCCAGGUAAAGGCCUACCAGGACCAGACGGACCGCAGGGACUCCAAGGUUUGCCGGGUUACCCGGCAGAACCCAAGAAUGGCAUGGAGGGCUCCCGUGGCCCCCGAGGCUUCCACGGUCCUGUGGGUCAGCAGGGAAUGGUGGGACUUCCAGGCGUGCCAGGAUUUUGUGAAGCCAGAGACUGCAGCAUCUACGCACCUGUGAUGCGUAAAGAGCAGGGUCUGGUAAAAGGACCCACCAGUACAAAAACCUGAGCCUGAACAAACCAAAGAAAAACUUUUUAUUAUAGGUUGAUGCUUAAUUCAAAUGGUUCUGCAAACAAAAAUCUGGAUUGUUUUUGGUGCAAAAAUCCAACUGGAAAAAAUGUUUCUUUCCAGCGGAAACAAUGAUUCGUGUGAACUCCAGUAUUGUGUUUACACUGUCAUGAAUGAAUAAAUUCAGAGGUUUUUGCAAAAACUAUAAAUAAGGUAAAGAUCUAAACAGCUUGACAUGAAAGAAAUCUUUUCUUUUUUUUAAAUCUUAAUAAAUAUAUAAUGCUAUGUAAAUACUAUGUAAAAAAAGAAUCUAGAAAACACGUAUGUAUCUUUAUGCAAACCUCUCAGAUAAAUGUUUUUUUUAACCCGA